AGAUAAGAUAUAAUGAAUAUUUGCCAAAAUGCAAAGGUCUAAAUAAUGCCUCACAGCGACCACAAAUGCCAGUGAAGAAUAGGAGUAUCAAAGCUUUCUAUAAUCAUAAAUGCAUGCAACUGAAUCCAUAUCGAAUAAUCUGGGAUCUUGAAAUGCUAACCAAAAAGCUAACUCCAGAAAAGAAAAUGAAAUUAACUUCCAUUGAGAGGUUGCAGAUGCAUAAACCAUGUGGAUACUACUAUGCGGUUAUUCAUAUGAAUAGUUCAUUUAACUAUGAAAUCAUAAGUCAUAGUCUAUAUAGAAGGUCAGAUGCCUUAGAAAAAUUCAUUGAAAAAAUCGAAGGAGAGCUUCUAAAUAUUUAA